AGCUGUGACGUAAAAUUUACGCGACGCCGAAAGCUAAGGGAAAUUGCAGUGAUGAUCAUAGUUCAACUUUAAAACAAAUAUUAAACGCUAGCACAUUAUGCGAAUAUAUUAGAAAUUAAUACGAAAUGUUACCUUUACCUUUAAUGCUCCGUGUUUAGUCGUCCACGCUUGUUUCUUGGCCGUCUUGCCUAUUGACAAGCGUGUGUUUUCCACAAGGGUAAAGCUCGUCGAUGUGUUGGUAACAUGACUCUGCCAGCUUUGCACAACACCGGCGUGCUUUACAGGAGGAUUUUAUCACAGUUCCCUCAGGAUAUUAGUCUGGCUUUUGCAUACGGAUCUGGCGUUUUCAAACAACAUGGCACCAGCCAAGGUCAAAUGGAGAAAAACAUGCUGGACUUUGUGUUUGCGGUGGAUGACCCGGUCACUUGGCACACCCUGAAUCUGCUGCAGAACCGCAAACAUUACUCCAUCCUUAAACUCCUGGGACCCACCACGAUCAGCUCCAUACAGUGUGAACGUGGAGCUGCUGUAUACUACAACACGCUGGUGCCCGUGGACGGGAAGAUCAUCAAAUAUGGUGUGAUCAGCACCGAGUCUCUGAUUGAUGACCUAAUGCACUGGAAAACCUUGUAUGUUGCAGGACGUCUUCACAAACCAGUGAAGAUGCUGUUGCAAAGUGAGAAUGGAAAGCUCCGUGCCGCUCUUGUCGCCAACCUCAAGAGCGCGGUGACGGCCUCCUUUCUUAUGCUACCUGAGAGUUUCAGCCAGGAGGAACUUUUUUUGCAGAUAGCUGGCCUUUCUUAUGCUGGUGAUUUCAGGAUGGUGAUUGGAGAGGAUAAAUCCAAGGUGGCCAACAUUGUGAGAGACAACAUUGAGCACUUUCGUGUUCUGUAUAAUCACAUCUUGCGGGACUGUCCUCAAGUGGUCUACAAACCCCAACAAGGAAGACUGGAGGUAGACAAAAGCCCCGAAGGCCAGUUCGCGCAGUUGAUGGCACUGCCUCGCACCUUACAGCAAAGGAUCACCAAGCUGGUUGAUCCUCCAGGGAAGAACCGAGACGUGGAGGAGAUCCUUCUGCAAGUCGCUCAGGACCCAGAUUGUGGAAGUGUUGUACAACAAGGCAUCUCCUCCAUUGUGAAGUCCUCCAGUGUAACACAAAGUAUCAAAGGCAUUGCGACAGCCGGCAUGUGGAAGACUGUGUCCUAUAGCUCUAAGAAACUGAUGAAGAUGUGGAAGGGCUGGAGGAGGAAACCAUCUGUUUCACAGAUAUCCUGAUCCAGGACAAAAAAAAGCCAUGCACGCCAGGUCAUUGUUAUGGGACAUUGAAAUUGCAGAAAUGUGUAUUUACCGUAUCAAAUACGUCCUCAUUGUGAAUAUAACUCAGAGGAAUAAUACCUACGAUUAUGACAUCAGCAAUUUUGCACACUUUCUUGUACACCCAAAACAGUAAAAAUAAAGUUGUUUUUUUACUGUGAACACAGUUAAGUCACCUUUAUGAGAUACUAAGCAAAAAAACAUUGUAUGGCUGCACAAGAAGUAGCGGUGAGAACAUCAACCUCAGAAUACUGUGUGCCUUUCUGGAAAAUGUGCACUAGUUUUGAUUUUUUUCUCUUUAGCUGUGGUAGAAAAAUAGCAAGAUCUGUAAAAAAGUAAACCAUUCAAACGUUUAAAGAACAUCUAAUUCAGUUCACAUGUAAAGGUUGUAUUGAUUAUGCAUAUAACAAUGUAUUUGAGAUCCAUCCUGAAAUCCCUAACUUUUAGCUUUGGCAUUUUUUUACUAAUAAUUAUUAGGAUCAACAUUUUGGCUUUUUGUCCUUUAUAGUGUGGAAACUGUUUCAAUUAUUUUGUAGGGUUAAUGAUUGGUCUUGGUGUACAACAGGGAUUUCCAAAUUUUUCGACUGAGGGCCGCACUCUUGAUUAUCAAAGCAUGCGGGGGCCAUUUUUAUUUUUAUUUUUUUAAACCCAAUGCAAUAUAUAGAUUUUUUUUUAACCAUUAGGGCUUCCUUCAAGUUUGGGUCUCAGUUAUAAAAAUGUUUGAAUUAA